AUGGAAGCAAAGAAAAAUUUGAGUGCCCUGUGGCAAUCGAAUUCUACAACAAAAUCAGACCUUACUGACCAAAUGGCAAAUGUCUAUGAAUUAGAUCGAACAUCUUGCAAGUGGUGGAAAAAAGUAAUUUUUCGCCUAUUGAUGAGCGCAGUCGUCAACUCAUGGAUUGCGUACUGCGAACUCAAAGAUCUCAAAACCAAACUUCUUGAUUUCAAUUUACCUCUUGCAGAAGCCUUGAUGGCGUCCGGAAAGCUCAACACACAGUAUCAACGCCGUAGAGGAACUGGACGCCCAUACAAAACAUCACGAAACUUACUCAGUGUUGGUGACCAUCUGCCAGUAACAACAAAAACACGACGGCGGUGCCGUAAAUGUGCACAACAAAAGAAGGAAUCUCGCACUAAAAUAAUGUGCACGAUGUGUAAUGUCCCAUUGUGCAUUGAUUGUUUCAAACCAUACCAUUCAUAA